GAGAGAAUGCUGGAAGCGAGAGGCUAAUGUUGUUCUCACGUUUUCCCACGGGAGAUGUAAAUGUAUGAUGUCUCAGAUAGCUAACCGUUAACUUUACCCAGUGCAGCUUCCUCAUCUGGUACACUUGCUUUGUAUGUUCUCUAGCGGUAGUUUAACAUAACGUCUCCCGGUUCGGGUGUGUCCGGUUGCAGAAGGAAGGAUGAAGGCGUCUCUCUCUAAAGGCAUCCGGCUGGACGCUGUUCUCCGGGAGGGCUUCAACGAGCAGCAGCUAUCAACCUAUGUGCUGUGGGUGAACAGCCAGUUGAAGAGGCGACCAGGCCUGAAGCCCAUCACAGACCUCAGAGUAGACCUGCAGGAUGGAGUGGUGUUAUCACACCUGGUGGAGAUAGUGGCGGGGGAGGCAUUGGAGGGGGUACAUCAGGCUCCCAGGGACCGAGAGGAGAGCAGGGAGAACGUGGAGCGAGUCCUCAACUUCAUCACCUCCAGACGUAUACGCAUGCCUCACACCUCUGCUCGGGAUAUAGUAGAAGGUGAUCUGAAGUCAGUGAUGAGGUUGAUUCUGGCUCUAGCCGCCCACUUCAAACCAUCAGCCAAUCAGAGAGCAGCGUCCAGGGGUGGACGGAGCAUGGCGGGAGCCGCAGCCAACCACAGGACACUCUCCACAGUUGCCAUGGCGCAGAGCGCAGCGACAGCAUUGGCAGCCGCACGACACGACGCAGAGGGAACAGCUAGUGGUUGGGGUAUGCUUGUAGAUGAGGAUGGAGGUGUGUGUGUUCGUGCUCUGGUCCAACAGUACGAGAGAGGACCGCCAGACGAUCCUGACACAACACCAAGCAGUUCCCCCAGAGCCCCGCCCACCAGCCAAUCAGACAACAGAGAGCCGGAGGAGAGCCAACCAGAGAGAAGCACUAAGGCAGGUUGGGAGAGUCCUCUGACUGAGAGCCUGGAGAGAGAGAUGCAGGAGACACGGAGAAUGGUGUCAGCUCUACAGGCCCUGUUACUUCAUGGGUGUCUGCCAGAUGAUGAGCAGGAGACGUUGAAUCUGACUCUGGGAGAAGAAAACACUGAACAACAACUGGUGGUAAUUCGUAGUCAUCUAGAUCAGAGUAUGGAGGAGACUCAGGAGCUGAAGAGAGAGCUGUUGCGUUGUAAACAGGAGGUACGGAACCUGCGUGGCGUCAAGGAGGCACAGCAGCAAAGAUUGUUUGCCCAGGAGGAGUGUAUGUUGCAGCUAAAACAGGAUCAGCUCAGAGCCAGCAUGACCCAGGACCAACUCACCAGCCUCAACGCGGAGCUACAGAGAAAGUUGGAUGAGAGGAGCAGGUUGCUGAGUGAGUGCAAGAAGGAACUUGGACAGAAGGACCGACUGCUGCAGCAGCACAAACACAAACUGGAGGAGAGCCAGCUGCAGAAGGCUGGCUUGCAGAGAGAGCUGGAGUGUAAAGACAACAUGUUGCAGGAGAUGAUGAGUUGUCAUGGUGACCAGGCCCCGCCCCACCUCACGGCCACACCCCUUCCCUCUGGGGCUGAGGAGCUGCAGCUGGUGCGAUCAGCGUUGAGAAGUCUGAGAGGAGUGUUCCGAGAGCAGGAUCCUCAACACCACACUCUGGAUACACUGGAGCAGGGCAUCACAUCACUGACCGACAGACUGACACACACACACCAGGGGAAGGGGAAGUCUUCAGGAUGCAACAGAGCCACACACAACCAGCACGACUCCUGGCCUCCAAGCAAGAUGGCCCACUCCUACAGUAGUCCAUUGCUGAGCUCGUGUGGUUCCACUAAGGUCCUCUACUUUACAGACCACUCACACACACCCUGCAUGAUCCACAUCAACAAGAGGUUGGGGAAAGUCACUCUGAGAGAUGUGAAGACUGCAGUAGACAGAGAUGACAACUAUAGAUUCCACUUCAAAGCCCUCGACCCCGAGUUUGGUACCGUCAAAGAAGAGGUAUUUGAAGACGAGGCGUUGGUUCCAGGCUGGGAGGGGAAGAUAGUGGCCUGGGUGGAGGAGGACAACGGAGAGGAGAGGAUUAAAGGACCUAGCUGCUGAGGAACUAGAGGACCUAACUGCUGAGGAACUGAAGGUCCUAGCUGCUGAGGAACUGAAGGGACCUAGCUGCUGAGGAACUGCAGGACCUAGCUGCUGAGGAACUAGAGGACCUAGCUGCUGAGGAACUGAAGGGAACUAGCUGCUGAGGAACUAGAGGACCUAGCUGCUGAGGAACUGAAGGGAACUAGCUGCUGAGGAACUGAAGGGAACUAGCUGCUGAGGAACUGAAGGACCUAGCUGCUGAGGAACUGAAGGACCUAGCUGCUGAGGAACUAAAGGACCUAGCUGCUGAGGAACUGAAGGUCAUAGCUACUGAGGAACUAAAGGUCCUAGCUGCUGAGGAACUAAAGGACCUACAGUUGAAGUUGGAAGUUUACAUACACUUAGGUUGGAGUCAUUAAAACUCGUUUUUCAACCACUCCACACAUUUAUUGUUAACAAACUAUGGUUUUGGCAAAUCUA